UUGUAAGGAAAAACUUUUUUUUUUCGAUAAAAUUAAAAUAAUAUAGACUUGUAGAAGACUUUAUACUGACGAUAGAGGGUAGAUGAGUCUGAAAGAGGGUUGCGCCGGUGGUAAGAGGGAAGGAUAUUGUAGACAUGAUCAACCGCAGUUCAUUCCGGCCUUGACAUCUGUGUGAACUACAUAGUGAUUAGUAAAUUAUACACAUGACUCGCACAUGAGUACAGUAAACGAAACGAAAAACAAGGAACCAUUAAUUUUCAUUACUCAUAGUGCAGCAUUUAUAAAAAAAAAUAUUCAAUAUUGUUUCCUGUGAUAGUGUUUUAAAUAUUUUUUCAUCCAGUAAAACUCCUCAUAAGAUAUUUCAACACUUUAUCACUAGGCUAAAGUGAAAAAAAUAAUCAAUAUUCCAUUUAUAAGUCAAAAUCAGAAUCUGAUGAAUAUAAAAACGUCAUACGGGCUAUUUUUAACUUGUGAGAAGUUUUUUUAUGUGAGGUUAUGAACCAUAGUAAAUCGCCAUUGAUUUUGAAAAUCCUUAGUGUUUAAAAAAUAACCGAAUUAAUUUUAUAAGUGAUUAAAACUUUUAUAAAUACAUAUAUGUAUAUAUUACCUUUAAAAUUUCUCAUAAAUGAAUGAUAUGAACCUUCAAACUUUUGAUAUAGUAUAGAAAAGAUCUGAGGAAAUUGUACCCGCACCAAAGUAAUGAAACCAAUUGUUCGGUGAAUAGACAAUAGACUAAACUAACUUCGCGAAUACAUAUCGUAUUAACAUAUUAUGUCGCAUAUUAUAAAACUUCACAUUCUACUUUGCUGCAAGUAAUUCUUCAAAUAGGAUGAAAUAUUUGGAAACUUAUUCUAGAAUAAUCCUUAUUGAAAAGAAUUUAUGACAAUGAUAAAUUCCAAUAACAUGAAAAUCUAUAAAAGUGUGCGAGAAAGACUUAAAAUUAUUCGUUACAAGACUAAUUGUUGACGUUUAUAAAAAUGGCAGUGAACUUGAUACCGCGAAGCAAUAAUACUGCUGAUAAUUUGUUAACUUCAUUUGAUACAAACAAAAGUUUAUCGUCUCCGAAUUACUUGAAAGACUUCGAAAAUGUCAUUUUUUUCAUUAUAAAAGCAAUAGUGAUGAGUUUUAUAAUAAUUGCUGCACUGUUUGGCAAUCUACUAGUGAUAGUGUCAGUGAUGCAACAUCAUAAACUUCGUAUUAUCACUAAUUACUUCGUAGUUUCACUAGCUCUAGCAGAUAUGCUUGUAGCAAUUUUUGCAAUGACUUUUAAUGCCAGCGUUGAGCUCUCUGGCCGUUGGCUCUUUGGUUACUUCAUGUGUGAUGUAUGGAAUUCACUUGAUGUAUUCUUCAGCACUGUAUCUAUUCUUCAUUUAUGCUGUAUAAGUGUUGAUCGCUACUAUGCAAUAGUUCAGCCUCUAGAUUAUCCAUCGAUAAUGACCAACUUACGAUUGGGAACCAUGCUGAGCUUUGUCUGGUGUUCACCGACGAUCAUAAGUUUCGUUCCAAUUUUUGCUGGCUGGUAUACGACGCCUGAACAUCUUGAGUAUCGUAAAAAAAAUCCAGACUUAUGUAUGUUUCAAGUAAACAAACCUUAUGCUGUGGUCAGUUCAUGUGUCAGCUUUUGGGUACCAGGAAUAAUCAUGAUUGCAAUGUAUUAUAAAAUAUACAGAGAAGCAGAUCGUCAAGAAAGACUUUUAUACCGGAGUAAGGUGGCCGCAUUAUUGCUAAACAAACAUCUUCAGAUAAAUGGAAUAGCAGCAGGUUUAGGAUCCCUACCACCUGUAGAGCCAUCGGUAUCUGAUUCACAGAUGGAAGAACCACAAAUUGCUAAUAGCAAUAAAAUGAAGCGAGAAAGAAAAGCAGCAAGAACUCUUGGAAUUAUCAUGUCUGCAUUUCUAGCUUGUUGGCUUCCAUUUUUUUUCUGGUACUUAAUUACAUCGUUAUGUGACUCGUGUGAAAGUAGUAAAACUGUAGUUGGAGCAGUGUUCUGGGUAGGCUAUUUUAAUAGUGCUCUUAACCCACUUAUCUAUGCCUACUUCAAUCGUGAAUUUCGAGCAGCCUUUCGUAAAACUAUCGAGAGUUGUUAUGGUUUUGUUUUACCUGUACCAGAUGUGAGGCAAGUUCACAGAAAACACGAUUUUGUUCACAGUAAUGCCUCGUCGGAGUUGCACAUACACAAUCAGCCUCGAGGAAGUGAGAUGACCAACAUACACAUGGAGGCAUGUAUUUAGAUGUAGUUUAGGAACCCAAGGAAAACAAAUUUCUUUAUAGACCAAAUGUUUAUUACGGCGAUAGUCUGAAAAUUGUUAUCAUUUUACUCGACUCACCAUUUAUUUUUUGUAAUGUCUUAUAUGGUUUAUUUUCUACUAAUAUUUGGAAAGUAUAAAUUUUAUAGUAUUAUUUACACAAUAUAUACCAAUAUAACAAUAAAUAUGGGAUCGAGUAAACGGCAAAAUUUGGAUAGUUUUAUUAAGGAUCAAUGAAACAUAUAGAAUUUCAUUUUAUCAAAAUAGUAUACAUGAACUGUAAGCCGUAGGAGGGAUAAUUUUUAAAAAAGUAAGAUGCUCUUUUUUUAAACAAGAGAUACUUUUCAUGAUUUCACGUCAUAAAUAUAUGGAGAGAUUAUUAUAUAUUCUUCCCCUAAAGAUGAAGUUUUUUUAUAUAAUUUAUUGAAAUGUUAAAAAGUAUAUUUUAAAUAUAUUUAUUAUAUUAGUUGUUGACUAUAUUGUUAAGUUAUAUGUAGCAUUGUUUUUACUUAAGGUAUUAUUAGUUAGUAAAAUCGACUUAAACAAAAAAAAUUUAUAUAUUUAUCAAAUCGAAAGUAAAAAAGUUCAGGGAUAUUAAAAUUAAUUGUGGAGUUACAGCUUAUGAGUUAACAAUUUUUUAAAUAGAUAGAAAUUUGUGUUUUUUUUUUGCACGAUAUUGUGAAAUCAUUUAUAUUAUCGAACUGAAGGGAAUAUAGUCAAGUUGCUCAUACUUAACAACAAGCAAAUUCUGAUGCAAGCUUCUGACCCGAUUUUUUUGGGGUUUAAAGUUAAAACUAAUAAACUACCGAAGAUGUAUUGUUCUGGAUACAUAUAUUUUGUCCAGAGGUUACUUUAAAAUAUUAUGUUUUCUACAGAUAAUAACAAAAUCUAACAAUCUAAAAUAGUAACGUCACAUGCAGAUUAAAUAUUAGUCAGCUAUCGAUAUAUGGUUAAAAUUUCCACUAAACUGUAAAAUUCGCUUGCUGACCGCUACUAAUUUGAAUUGAAACGCAAUAGAAUUCUGUAGGUAACUCCAUUAACUCGGAGGUUAGUCUACGGAGGAGCAGAAAUUUCUUGGAAUUUCCUAGUUAACGAAUGCCCCUUCUCCCUUAAGAAGUAAACUAUGACGCAUGCGCUCUUACAUCUACAUGAAUGAUGCAUAUAUAAAUAUACACAGACACAUACAAACAUAAAGCAUUGAGUGGGAGACAACGCAGCUCAUAGUGGGGAUCAAGAUUAAGGGAAACUUCCGAGUUAAUGGAGUUCGACUGUAGCUACAAGAUGUUCAGGUGUAAAAAUACUCGCUUGCUGUUCCUAUGUCAAUUUUCGCAUUUCACAUCCUAUCUCAUCUGUAGUAAAUAUAUAAAAUACUAUUUUUAUACAGUUUGAAUUACGUCUACAGGAUACUAAAAUUUCAAUAUUAGUAAGAAAUUUUAAUCAAUAAUUUUUUUAAUUUAAAAAUAAACUGUUUUUUCUUUUUCCUGUAUAUAAUUGUUUUCUGUGAUACGAUAUUGCGUCAGAGUUCCUAAAUUUACACCAUUUUCAAAAUUAUUCCGUAAAAAUUAAAAAUAUAUUUCUGUUGGUUUUUUUUCAAACCCAUCGAAAUCGACCAAUUAAUUUCUAUUAAAUUUAGAUAAUUUUUAAUUAGCUAUGAAUGAAUUUAAUUGAAUUUAUAACUACUAGGGCAUUUAAAAAAGUAAUAAAAGUAUCUGUCCUUGUAGAAACUAAUUAAUAAUCUUUCAUUCGCAAAAGGUUGUUUCAUCUUAAUACCCAGAGAAAUUAUACAUACGAUAUAAGAAGUAAAAAUUAUACUAAUCUUCAAAAGCAAAUCGUUAUGGAACUAAAAAUAAACAAAGUACUAGUAUCAGUAUUUAAUGGUAUCAAUUUAAGAAAAGGACAAUCUGACUUAGUUCAAAUUUUACAAUACAUAUUAGUACCGAAUAAGGAUAUUAUAUUUAUAAGUAUGCGAAAGGAAUAAAAUAAAGGAGACCUACGUCGAUUAAAUUUAAUUUGAAUAGCAGUAGUUAGACCACUGUACAAAAGAUAGAUAACAAAUUAUAAAAAAAAAACAAAUAAAAUUUUUACCCUAUUGAUUGCAAUCAUAUCUUUGUUGUGAUUAUCAUUAAACCUUAUGGAAAUAUAUAAAUACAAUCGAUAGGAAUAUCAUUUUAUUUGUUUUUAAUACAUUUAUAUAUUACAUCAAUAAAUGUAUGCUAGACAAUCUAACGGUUUGAAUGAUAAAUAUAAAUUUUCUUGUCUUUCAUUGUAUAUAACACAAUACAGUUUUGUGCCAAAAAUUAUUUUCAGUAAGUUUUGUUUAUAAAAAUAUGACUAUUGCAGUAUUAUUCGUCUUCUAAUAAGAUUGUAUUCCACAAUCGAAUUUUUGAAAAUAUCUUUUGGUACUAAAACAAUGAAAAAUUAAUAUAGUGAAUUAUAUGUAGGCUAUUAAUGUCCUACUAUCAAGAAUAAAAUUUUAUGAAUGAUGCAAAUCUCUACAACUUUUGUCAUAUAUAAUUUAUGUAAUUCAAUGUUAACAGUAGGGGCCGUUCAUAAAAUACCUUCGCAAUUUUUCUCUCAGUUUUUUAAAAUUAGUUAUUUUUUAAAGUUUUAUUGUUACAAAUAAUUAAUAUACUAAAAUAUAUAAAUUUAUAUACUAAUUAUUGCUAUAUAUCAUGUACGGGAGAAAGGGUCUAUCAUUUAUGACGCAAUAAUCACAGGGGGGGAGGGUCUGAAAAGAAAAUUUAACGUGAUGUAUUUUAUGAACGGCCCAGAAGAUUAAAACAUAUUUUUAUUAUGAAAAAUUAUAUACUUUUCCUGAAUGAAACAUAUAUUAUGGAAAAAACAGAUGGACUAAUAAGAAAUUCGGUAAUUCGAAAAAAUGUAUAUUUUUCCAAGCAGAUUCUAACGAUUGUUUUAUUUUUUAAGCUUUGAAUAUUGACCUAUUUCUUUAUCAAGUUAU